CUUAGUGUAUAUUUACAUAAUUACACAUCUGAAUAACUAACUUGAAAUUUAAGUAAAAACACAAUAUUUCAUGAUUUUCCAAGCACAUAUUUACAAUACAGCUUGAUAUGCGUCUUGAAGAUAGAAAAAUAUAAAUUCCCUCCUGCCUUGUGCACCAAAAUCGAAUAUACAAGUGUUUCUUACGGAAACACGAUGAAAACAUAAUAAUAUCCCAGUACAGGGUGGUAAUACUUGACAUAGCAUUGUGGGAUAAGAAGAGGACACUCAUAACAUAAGGAACAUAUUAUAAUGCUGUAAAUCAUCCCAGUAGCUGCUCCUUAUGUAUUCUAUUGCUGCCCCUCUCCAGGACAAGCAAGCUCCCCUUAUUCUAUCACAUCAGAAAAAAUUGCAGUUUAACACAAUGCAUCCCAUCUUUUUGGCCAUCUCUAUCCCAACAAGCUUGGGAGCUGGUGGGAAAGCAGGGUUUUAGGGUGGGGGAAGCCAAAUUAUGCCAAAUUUGGACAUUCAUGAAAAGUCUAAGAAUGAUUUGCCAUAUUUUGGAAACUGGGGAAAUUUCAAGCUUAGCUUAAUUUUACCUAAGCGAAGCUUUGCUCCCAGUGGAGUCAUUAAAAAGACAGCUCUCAUUGGCAUGGCCCUUAUUGACUGAAUGAGAGAUACAAGACAGCAUGCACAAUUUCAUAUUGGAAACUAACACACUAAUACUGUAUCCCUCCAAGCAAGCCUCAUCAGCAUGGAAAUAGAACUGUGAUGCAGUGAAAGACGUGUAAUAUCACUGCAACGUAACCAUGCAUGACCUCACAACAAAACCCAACACACACACACAAUACACAUGUUGUACAACUAGCAGGAGCCAUGUACCAGUGUCGACCCCUGGCACUCGCUGGCGUACGUCUGUACAGCACCAAGGCAGCACACACCAAGCAGGCCAUAGACAGAAUCAUUCGAGUGGACCAUGCCGGGGAGCUUGGGGCUGACCGAAUCUAUGCUGGACAGAUGGCAGUUCUAGGCAAGACAAGUGUUGGACCAGUCAUCCAGCACAUGUGGGACCAAGAGAAGGAGCACAAGGCCAAGUUUGAGGAGCUGGUACCCAAAUACAGAGUGCGACCCACUGUUCUUCUCCCCAUCUGGAAUGUUGCUGGCUUUGUUCUUGGCGCAGGAACAGCGUUACUUGGGCGAGAGGCAGCGAUGGCAUGCACGGUGGCAGUGGAAUCCGUCAUCACUGACCACUACAACUCCCAGCUGCGGGAACUCAUCAAUCUUGGCGAGGAAGAGAACAAAGAACUUAUAGAAGUCAUCAAGAAAUUCCGUGAUGACGAAAUGGACCAUCACGACACAGGCCUGGCUAAUGACGCUGAACAGGCCCCAGCUUACACUGCCUUGAGUAAUGUGAUCAAGACAGGGUGUAAGGCAGCUGUGUGGCUGUCUGAAAGAAUCUAGUUAGCAGGGUUUUGUAGGCCAAGUAAUUGAUCUCCUUAGUGGGUUAUUAGUCUUGUAUGAACAAUCUGCCUUUCUGGUAAAGUUAUUGUGAUCUGCCUCUUCCCUUGACAGAUGUGGGAAUUAUUUGCUACAUGACUAUCUUGUAUCUCCAUCCAUUACACUCAUACUGGGAGUGCACAAACCUUUUUUGUGAUACUUGGAUAUAUGUAUUUUCAUUAUUCAUGGUGUCACUGCCUAGUGACAAACAUAGGAGAUGACUAUAUUUUUACAUUCUGCUGUCACCCUGCAAAGAAUGACAAACACACCAGAUCUGUCUCUCUCCUUACAUUCUGCCAAGUCUUUUCAAAUCUAAUUGACUCUUUCUUGGAUACACAUCUUUUGAACAUGAUUUGUAUGUGACUGUGCUUGUUAAUUUAUAUAGACAGACAUCUUCUAUGCCUAUAACAAAUUUUACAGUUCAUUCUGAAUUCAGAGCAUAUUUAUUCAGUAUUAAAUGUUAGUCAUGUAAACCAUAGUGUAAAUAUAGUUAAGUUUGAUCACUGGUUUUGUAAUUGCUUUGAAAUGAAAUAUUUUUUUGA